AUGGCCCCCACCGCACCCGCAGUCGACGCGGUGCCAACGGCAGAAGACGGCUUGGUGAAGCAGACGUCCACCCUGACAGUGCAAGACACACCAGAGGCCGAAGUCCCUCCUCACCGCAACCAUGACCCGCAGCACAAAAUGAAGAGGAGCGAUCCCUUUCAAUUCGGAUCCCGCUUCCUGCAAGAGGAGGACGACGUCUUCGAGUUCAAUGCCUGGGACCACGUGGAGACUGACGAUGCUUACAAGGAGUAUGCCGAGGAGCAGUUCGCUAAGCAGCGCGCGUCGCCAGUCUCCGACUUUGACAAACACAGAUUCAACACCGACCCUGCCAAAUGGUGGAACCUCUUCUACAAGAAUAACACUGCCAACUUCUUCAAGAACCGCAAAUGGCUGCAACAGGAAUUCCCGGUGCUUGACAAGGUCACCCAAGAAGACGCCGGUCCGACGACAAUACUUGAGGUCGGUGCUGGUGCUGGCAACACCGCAUUCCCCAUAUUAGCCAGUAACAAGAACCCUAAGCUGCGAGUCCACGCUUGUGACUUCUCGAAGAAGGCCGUUGAAGUCAUGCGUAGUCAUGAAGCGUAUAACACUGAGUUCAUGCAGGCAGACGUAUGGGACGCUGCCAGUGAAGAGCUUCCUCCUGGUCUUGGGGAGAGCAGUGUAGACGUCGUCUUGAUGGUGUUCAUCUUCUCGGCAUUAUCACCGUUGCAGUGGAAGCAGGCCGUCCAGAACAUUUAUCGGGUACUCAAGCCAGGCGGAGAGGUGUGCUUCCGCGACUAUGGCAGAGGUGAUCUAGCACAGGUUCGAUUCAAGAAAGGUCGAUACCUGGAUGAGAACUUCUACAUUAGAGGUGAUGGUACACGCGUCUACUUCUUCGAGAAGGACGAAUUGGCUCAGAUCUGGGGCGGCGUACCUGAAGCUGCGAGCGAGGCAAAGGAAGAGACAGGUGAGGUUGCUGAAUCAUCGGCGUCGGAGUUGCCACUCUUCGACGUCGAAGACCUGGGUGUUGAUAGAAGGAUGCUGGUCAAUAGAGCAAAGAAGCUGAAGAUGUAUCGUUGUUGGAUACAAGGUCGCUUUAGAAAGCAAUAG